CUUCACUCUUCAAGCUCAUAUCCCAAUUUCACUAAAUCUUUCAGUACACCUAUCAAUGGAGCUCAUCACCCCCUCUUGGGCUUCCUACUUGGUCGCCUGGCUAGCCACCGUUGCCCUGCUACUCCUCUCCCGUCGCAUCCGUCGCCAGAAACUCAACCUACCUCCCGGUCCAAGGCCAUGGCCCAUCAUCGGAAACCUCAACCUUAUUGGCCCGCUUCCACACCGCUCCCUUCAUAAGCUGUCUCAAAAAUAUGGGCCCCUUUUGCACCUCAAAUUUGGGUCAUUCCCUGUUGUGGUGGGCUCCUCGGUUGAGAUGGCGAAAGCCAUGCUCAAAACUUAUGACGUCCAGUUCGUUGGCCGGCCCAAAAUAGCCGCCGGCAAAUACACAACCUACAAUUAUUCUGAUAUCACAUGGUCACCUUAUGGCCCCUACUGGCGCCAGGCUCGCAAAAUGUGUUUAAUGGAGCUGUUUAGCGCUAAACGCCUUGAAUCCUUGGAGUACAUAAGGGUGGAAGAAAUGAAGCUGUUACUUAAAGGGUUGUUCGCAUCAGCUGGGAAACCGGUUUUCUUGAAGAAUCAUCUCUCAGAUGUAAGUUUGAAUGUGAUUAGUCGCAUGGUGUUGGGGAAAAAAUACACAGAAAAGGAUGAACAGAACGAGAUUGUCACGCCACAAGAGUUUAAGGAAAUGCUUGAUGAGUUGUUUUUGCUAAACGGGGUGUUGGAUAUUGGGGACUCGAUUCCAUGGCUUGGGUUCUUGGACUUACAGGGGUAUAGAAAGAGAAUGAAGGCGUUGGCGAAGAAGUUUGACAGGUUUUUGGAGCAUGUUUUGGAUGAACAUAACGCCAGGAGAAAAGGGGUGGAGAAUUAUGUGGCCAGAGAUAUGGUUGAUGUGCUAUUGCAGCUUGCCGAGGACCCGAAUCUCGAUGUUAAGCUCGAGAGACAUGGCGUCAAAGCUUUUACUCAGGAUUUGAUAGCUGGUGGAACAGAGAGCUCAGCAGUGACAGUGGAAUGGGCCAUCUCUGAGCUACUAAAGAAACCAGGACUAUUCGCCAAGGCAACAGAAGAGUUAGACAGAGUCAUUGGCAGAGACAGAUGGGUCGAAGAGAAAGACAUCACUGACCUUCCCUUCAUCUACGCAAUCGUCAAAGAGACGAUGCGUUUGCACCCAGUGGCGCCUAUGCUAGUCCCCCGAAUGACAAGAGAAGACGUCAAAGUCGCCGGCUAUGACAUCCCCAAAGGCACGCGAGCCCUAGUCAGUGUGUGGGCUGUCGGAAGAGACCCAGAAUUGUGGGAGAACCCAAAUGAAUUUUGCCCUGAAAGAUUUAUUGGGAAAUCGAUUGAUGUUAAGGGCCAUGACUUUGAGUUGUUGCCAUUUGGGGCUGGAAGGAGAAUGUGUCCAGGGUACAGUUUGGGACUCAAAGUGAUUCAAUCAAAUUUGGCUAAUCUUCUCCAUGGAUUUGCAUGGAAAUUGCCUGGAAACAUGACAGAAAGGGAUCUAAACAUGGAGGAAAUUUUCGGGCUUUCGACUCCGAAAAAAUUUCCACUUGAAGCUGUGGUUGAACCGAGGCUUGCACCUCAUCUUUAUGCUAUGUAAUUUCUGUCUUUGUUUUCACUAAGUGGUUUGUGUGAGAGAGCGUAACGUGAGUGGAUUCCAGUUAAAUUCCGUCAAGUCUUGUUUAAUAGAUAAUAAAUCUAGAAAGUUAUCAGAUAAAAAAA